CACACAUGUGCACAUGUGUGUUUAGAUAUCACGUCCCCUUUUCUUUUCCGCUCAGACAGGAAUCACUUUCAAUUUUCAAGUUCCUUAAUAAUCUCUGCAACUAGAAUUAUUAAAUAAGAACGAGGAAAAGGCAUACACCUAAUAAAUCAGUGUGAUACGUGCAUUGCUAGAUUGUAAACCUGGAUCGAUAACACUUUUACGACGGUGCAUUGUUUAAAUUGAAAUAAGCAUUGAUAAGAGAAAUAAUGAUUUAUUUAGUUAGUUAUCAAUUUUUAGGGGGGGUCAUAUCAUAAAAAUGUUUACCGGUGCAAUGCACUCACGCAAUCUUUGGAAAGAACGGUGAAGUGAAAGUAUUUUAAUGGUUGGAGACAUUAUGGAUUGCAUUUCACUUUAUUGUUUAAGAAGAAAGUUGUUGUUUUAAUAAUUUCCAAAAUCUUGUCGGAUUCGUGGUAGUUUAGAGUUUGGAGAGUUUGAAUGGUUUUUAGUCUACCCGUUGUCCAGCCAGUCCUCAAGACAAGUCACUCAUACAUCGUGACAUGGCACGCCAGGUCAGAGCCGACAUAACAUAUCCCGCACACGACACGAUAUCAAAAAUCCAUAGAAUUUGACACAGGUCGUAUCAUAUACGAGAGAAAGCUUAUUUUCUCCUCCUGCCUGGCAUUUGAUUUCCUAAAAGUAAAUACGAAUGUAUGUAUCCGAUAAUAAUAUCGUGGUGGGGAAACAAACAUGAAAUGAACCAAGUCUGCCUACCCUCUCAAAAACAAAGCAGGUUGCAAAAUGAAUAACAAAGUUUAAGUAUGCAUGGUAAAAGUACUUCCGUAUUUGGUCAUUGGGAUUGGGUUGCAUUUAGCUAAUCUCAAUCUCAACCCUCUCCCUCCUCUCCUCGCACCAGAAAGAAAACGACCAUGCAAGCCAAGCCAUGCCAAGAGUGAGACUGUUCACGGGACUUUGAGACGACGACCAUGUUGUCGAGUGCAUACCAAGGAAAAGUCGAGAUUUCUUGAUUUCUUCGUUAAAAGGAGUAAUGAUUUUCCCAUGGAGAAAGUAUGUAUACUGUAAAAGAUGGAAUAGUUUGUCGGGUCUGAUUGCAUGUGGUGAUUUGGGCUUCUAAAAAGCGGGUCUUGUAUUAUGCAUAUCAAAUCAACGUGCGAUGCAAGUGGUGGGUGAGAAUGGAUAAGUAAGUAUUCGUGUAUAUGUAACUUAGCGUUGUUGUACUGCUGUUGGCGUUCCGAGGCGUAAUGGUCAUCAGUCAGUCUGUGCCUUGGUGUGGUGUGGUGGUGGCGAUUGUCGUACGUGGUGAAGGUACGAGAGGAAAGGGAAAGCGUUUCACUUUCGUCUAAUUUUUCAUUACACACACAUCAAGAGAAAGCAAUCCAUAUGAAGAAACGAUAAGAACGAAUACGUGCACCAUCAUCAUCAUCAUCAGAGGAAAGAAAUAAGUACAACGUUCAGAGACCACGGAUCAAAAAUUAAUAGAGUGGUUUGGUUUUCCUCCCCAGUCUUUCAGUAAACGCAUGUGUGAGGGUGUCAAUUGUAAUGUCUUAGUUUUUUAUUUGGGUGAAGAGUUUGGGUUAUCUGGUUAUUAUUGAUUUGUUAAAAGAUCUGUAAUUUGUAAGCGUGUAAUUUUGACAAAUUGGUAAUUAUUGUGGGGUAAAGUGACACGGGUGUUUAAAGCUUGUGAGAUAUUUUAAUAAAAUAGUAAUAAAGUGUGGAUGUAAAGUACUAGAAAAGUUGGAAUGUGAUUUUUCAUCAUGUGCUUUUGUAAUUUUAUAAUUCAAGUUAGUUAUUGAUAAUUUCGUGAUAGAGUUAAUCAAAAGUGUGCGUGGGUGAAAGUUGAACGGGAUAUUGCAUUAUUUUUGGGCACAUCAAAAUGUGCGUGGGGGUUUGCAUAACACGACGAGGAAUGGUUUAUUUCGGUGCUAGCAUUCAUAUCUUUGUCACUUUAAUUUUGUUCAUCGGCUCGUCAUUUCGUGCCGUGCGUUUGACAACGUAUGAAAAGGAGGACAGUAGAAAAGAAAUACUUGGGGGUUUCAUUAUCGCAACAUAUUUUUUCGUCUUACUCAUGUUGGGUUGUCUCAUCUUCAGAGCAACGGAACAGAAAAAUCCUAAACUUUUGGGUUGGACGGGUGGAAUCUUCAUCACGCUUGAGACCUUCGCAUUCGUCAUAAAUCUCAUGAUCCUCUCCCCCAUGGGAAGCAAUCAGGAUGAGUACGGAUUUCGAAAUUUUGGCUUCAGCAUGAACCUGACUUACAUAGCGAUGAGCUGUAUUUUUCUCGUAUGUAUGAUGGCCUACUGCGCCACAAUCAUUAUAUACAUCAGCAAACUGAAAGAAGACGGCGACGUGAGUUCUGGUGACGUUGGCGGGGAUGGCGAUGCCGAAGCGUCCUCCACGUCAAACGCAGUGUCACGAACUUCAUCGCGAACUGGUGCCCUGGGUUCGCUCCCAUUUUUUAACCGGUCUCACUCACAGCCCCAAAUGGACAACAAACCCACUUUAGGUGGCGCCGGAGGUGGUGGUGGGGCCUUCAACAUUCUUGAAGUCGUAAAAGAAGCCAAACGCCAACAACAACUCAAAGAGCAGAAAGAGAUGAGAGAAAAGCAGAAAUCCGGAACAAAACAACCGCAACAACAACAAGCAAAUAACAAUAAACCGAAAGCGUCAACUAACCCACCUCAAAAGUCCACCUCCCGCCCCCACACGCCACAAAUUCAGCCGAAACAUGGCGACGGAGAUGAGAAGGAAGUCAGCAAUAAGGUCUCAGAACAGACUACCAGUAGCAGCCAAACCCACCAAGGAACACAGAGCGAACCACCCCCCUUGCUCCGACCUCCAUCCAGACAUUCCCAACUGAUCAAUCAACAACCCCUUUAUCCAGCACCACCUCUUCAACGUCCCACUCUGCACGAUCCCCCUCAAUCUUCCACCACAAAACCUCUCAUGAAGUCGCAAGAACAGCAAACCCAAACCCCACCACAACUUCCCUCCUACCAUCACUUGCCACCCCCACCACCCAACCUGCUUCCGAACCCUAUGCCGUACACUCAAAGCCAAACUCUACCUCAUAAAAGGUCCCAACUGCAGCAGAUGCAUCAGCAAUUGCCACCCCCACCGCCACGACAGUACAACCAUGACCACGACCUUGACCACAAUCGGCCUUACUUUCUUCAAGAGUACUCUCAGCGAGGGAUUCUCAGUGCACCCUCGUUCGCCUCGAUGGCCAAUAAUACGGCGUCCAUUGUGCCGCACAGGUUUCGAAAUCCGAGCGGAGGAGUGGCCCGGACGACAAAGUCGGGAACGUUGCUGAAUCGGUAUGACUGCAUAACACCGCCCCCACCACCUUUGACGAAUAGGGUCCAGUCCUUGCAAAGGUUAACGAGUAGUUGUAGCAGUUUCGACCCGUUAAAUCCAAAUUUUGACCUGGAGUGGGACCAGUCGAGGGGGGUGAAGGGGUACAAUUACAACGCUCCAUUGAGGAGAGGGGCACAUCGGAGUGAGUACGGUUUGGGAGUUGAGGUCUGAUAAUGUGAGCUACUUUUAUGGACGAUUUAAUACUAGCGUAAUGGAGAGAAAGAUGAGAAAUUAAUCAAAAUACUGUAUAAUCUUGUGAGGUGCUUUAUGAUUUAUUAUCAGAGUACAAAUUGCUAAUUAAUUAUACUAAUAUAUAAUUAAAUCAUGUAGGACUUUCAUGCUGUUAUUCUGUAAUUAACUACAUAAUAUGUAUUUGUACUCAAAACUUGUAUUGUACCCCAACCAAUUUUUACGUGAAAUUAAAUAUUGUGAGAUUAUUUUUACCUUUCUAAAUUAUCUGACAAACGGCGUUGAAGUUAUUCAUGAAUGGUAUUUUGCAUAUGAUUUGCAGUACAGGAUGUGUAAUUAAUUUUACAUAUGCAAUAACAAAAACAGUCGGCGUAAUGUUUCUAUGUCGUCAGUAGUCUUGUCAUUACGCAUUAUUAUCAUAAUUUUGUUUUAUCUAAUAAAUUUUAUUUACGAAGCUGAUAAUCAAUUACUGACAAUUGUCAGUAACCACCUCCAAUCCAAAUUUGUGUGGGGUCGUCAAUACCAUGGACGAAAUGGAUGAUUCGAAUUACGUUACGGGAUCGGAGCUCGUUGUAAGUACAAGUGACUACAAGUGAUUAGUAAUAAUAAACAACACUAUUUGUUACUCUGUACAGAAAUAAGUGUAUUUUAAAAUAUAUAAUAUAUAUAUAUGCAAUUUGUUCCUCGUCGUCUGACGUUUCGGAGAGAUAAUCGGAUAAGGCAAGUCAAGAAACCAUCACCAUCAUCAUGAGCAACUGUUCCAACUCUAAUACGUCCAAGUGCUGUGAGCCCCCCAAGAAGGCGUGUCCACCUCCGGCCCCACCACCAUGUACCAACCUCCCAGCUACCUUGACCUUCGCCUGUCUUGCAGAGGAGUGCAAACCGGUCCCGAAGCCACCCUGCCCUGAAAAACCGAAGGAUGACUGCACAUGCGUUGGCGCGGCCUCGGCCUACGAAGAACCAAAACCAAAGAACAACAACUCAGAUGAUCAACGUUGCCCGAUAUCCACAUGCCCUGGAGCUAGUAACACAGAUGAUGACAAUUGGAUACUUUGCGACCAUUGUCAGACAUGGUACCACACAGCUUGUGUUGCUGUUGUCGUCAUACGGGAAAAUGAGUGGCUUUGUCCAGAUUGUUUCUCUUCACAAGCAAUCUCAUCUUCACAGAACUCAAUUACUACAAGGAAAAAACACACCAUCGCGUCAACACAACAUUGGCUUAAAUUAAACAUUAUGGAGGAUCCCUCUGGCCAAAUUCCAAAAUCCGAGGUCGUCACCCGUUACGCCCACCAUAUUGAAACCUCUGGAGAAGGAAAAGUUCAUGAUGUCACAGUUGCAAAAUAUAUCAAUCAGCUCUUCCCAAACGCAACGCUUCUUCGUCCACGAGCUCGAGGUGCUACAAACGCUUAUGUUGGAAUUAGAUGGGCAGACCAACCACCACUUCAACAACUUCCUCCAAACCAAGCUGACUUCUUGGGUUCCUCUUUAGCCAAGUUGAAGGGGACCGUCCCAACUUUGAGAAGAGUCCCGCGUGGUGCAAGGAGUAUCGUCGCUCAAUCUCUGACCAAAAUUCUCAAGGAAGUUGCUUCUGGGAAUAGCGAGGAAAGUUGGAGAAAGCUCCUGUUCUUCCCGUAUGCUACGCUUCCAGUUCCACAAAAAUCGGACCAAGUAAAAAAUCUGACCACAUGGGUGAAGACCCGCACUUCUGAAUGGGAAAAUAACUUCUCCAUCCCGCUACCACAUCCACCACGCCAGUUCUCGCAACGGAGCCCCCAAAUUGAUUCAACUGUCAAGAAAGUGGAGGCCAAACUCGCAGAUGGCGACAUUCGAGGAGCAAUUCGUCUUGCCUGCUCUGAUGACACCAUAGCCCCAAACGACGAUGACACUCUAAGCGUCCUCCGUGCGAAGCACCCGGUACACCCAGAGCCCACAAACUAUCCACAACCACUAGCGGAUGACUCCGUGAUUGAAGCAGUACACGUUCCUGAAGUAGCUAAGGCCGUAUCCACUUUCCCCCCAGGUUCGGCAGGAGGACUCGAUGGUUUGAGACCCCAAAUUCUAAAGGACCUACUCAGCUGCAAUCAGGGGGAGACAGGAGAACACCUCGCCCAAGCAAUCACAGAUUUCCUCAACCAUGUGAUUGCUGGAAAAGUCCCUGCAAAGCUGUGCCCAAUAUUAUACGGAGCAUCUCUCACGGCGCUGAGGAAGAAGACUGGGGGUAUCAGACCCAUCACGGUGGGAAAUACGUGGCGCCGACUCGCCGCCAAGGUCAUCCUCGCUAAGAUUACCCCCCAACUUAUCGACCACUUUUCACCUCAUCAGUUAGGCGUUGGAAUAAAAGGUGGCGCUGAGACCGGUGCCCAUGCCGCCCGUGUAUACUACAACUACCCUCACCACACCCCCAAAGCAUUCCUUAAAAUUGAUUGCUGAAGAUGUAGCGAUACCGUGCUUUCUUUCGUCAGUCUACAGCACCCAACCCCUAAUGGAACAAAUUCUUCCGGUUUACCUACAUGGUUCCGAUGCCGCCAUUGCGGAAGGAGAGGAACGAUGGACUUCUCUUGGCCCAACUAAUCUUCCUCCCAACACAGUGAGAGGAUUACAGACAGCAUGGGAGCGCCCCAUCAUCGACAUCACAGUGUCCCACUUAGUCGUCGCCGCAGCCACGUCUGAAGAUACGGCUCGCCUAUGUGCUCUUCGCGACAAAUAUGCAGGAAUAUGGCUCAACGCUCUCCCAUCUCCUCAAAUCGGCACCCUUCUCUCGAACGAGGCAUUUCGCAUCGCAAUUUCCCUCCGUUUAGGUUGCGAUGUUUGUCAACCCCACACUUGCCCGUGUGGAGCGCAAGUCAGUUCACGAGGAUAUCAUGGUUUAUCCUGCCGACGAAGUGCUGGUCGGUGGUCUCGCCACGCAGCCGCUAACGACGUAAUCGCGAGGGCGCUUCGAUCAGCUGAUGUUCCCUGCAUCCUUGAACCACCCGGAUGUUCACACCAAGACGGAAAGCAUCCAGACGGGAUGACUCUCGUUCCGUGGGCAAGAGGAAGAUCCCUUGUGUGGGAUUUUACCUGCACUGACACCUUCGCACCUAGUUAUCUCCCCGAGACAGUCCGCCACCAAGGAGCAGCAGCAACAAAGGCAGAAGAUAGAAAGAAAAAAUUGUACGCCUUUCUCCUGGACCGAUUCAUCUUUAUGCCCGUUGCAAUUGAGACGACAGGUACAUGGGGUCAGGAGGGGUUAUCCUUCAUUAAAGAGAUUGGACAACGGAUCGCUACCGCGACUGGAGAACCACGCUCCACAACUUUUCUCCUCCAGCGACUCGGCAUUACAGUUCAACGUGGAAAUGUAGCUUCAAUCCUGGGGACACUUCCACCAGGAAAAAAGUUUAAUGAAGUUUAUUAUAUCUAAAACUACCAUGUAUUUUACAGACAUUGUUACUCUGAUUAUUUUCUCCGGAACUCGAAUUAUCUACCUGGUUGUGCUCUUUAUAAAAACAUGCAUAUAAAUACGUGUACAUAAACAACAAAUGUCAUGGAAAACACUUGCGGCCGCACGAAUGGGCAAGCAGCAUGGGACCCAUUUUCAGAUCCAUUUUACCAAAGAUGCUUCAUUAUGCAGUUCUGGACCUUAUUCGCUAUAUUUUUGAUAUUUCUUCGUCGAAUAUUGGAGAAAAUACGGAUUUCAAUGGAGAAACGCCGCAAAGAUGUUCCGAAACGUGGCAAUGGUCCUUUUGAUGGGGAAGAAUAUGAUUACCCGUAUUUCUAAUAAUCACGAAUGAAUUAUCCAGGAUCACAAGACGCAUCAGUUAUCAUCAGUUUCAAUUAUGUUACUUUUCAGAAAUUGUUCUUCAAAGUUUAUGAAAGUCAUCAUUUGCCCCGAACGGAAAUGGUUCGGCGAAAUCUGUUUUCCAUCCCGCAAAGUGGAAAUAAUAAAGUGGAUAACUUUUGCUUGA